UUUAUCUACACAAACUUGUUGAUACAUUGAUAUACUAGUACAUUUAAAGUAUUCCAUAAUAUGUUAUAAAUAUUAAAGCGCAAAUUUAAUUUGGAUACCUGAUUUGUGUUUUCAAUUGCAGACGGAUGUUCGACAAGAUGGUGAAGGAGACGACUCGCAUAAAGGGCGUUCGUCAGGCCAACGUGGACAUUAUACGCAAUGUGAACGAUAUACCGUCGCGUCAGCAGUUCAAUGAUCUGUACAAGAUCAACACCAAAUUGAAAGAACGUGACAUUAUUCCAUCGUUUGCAGCCAAAGGCAAGGGAGUUCUGCUUAAUGGUCAAGUGAUCACUAAUGCAGCGGAUUUGCGUGCCAACGUACAGCAUAAUGUCGGACCCGAUAUCAUCGCCCGGGUGACAAAUCCCAAGCCGGAAACUUUUCAAGGUUCUCGGACAAGUGGCAAUAACGGUGCAUUUCGAAGCAGUCGUUUUUUAAAUGGACCUAUACGAAUGAGACAACGAAAAACGAACGGGGAAAACGACUGUUGCGAAGGUCUGCUUCCAACAUGCGAAUUGGCAGCAGAAGCUGUCUUAGUUUUACCCGAACUCUGUGACGAAAAGUCUGGCGAGAGUAUAAUUAGUGAGGAAAGCUACAAUACACUGUUGCUAUUGUCCGAUAAAUUCGACGAUGAUAUGAUGCACUUCGUUCUCCAGUUGACAGCUGCAUUCCUUAAGAGAUAUAGAGAUGGUCUACAUGAGAAGCUUCAGUUUUUUAUAUCUUCAGAGUCAGUGCUUUAUAGGAUUGGUACUCAUAUACUGGACAACUAUCGCUCGUUCACUGUAGAAAAACUGGAAAUGAUCGAGGACAAAAUAAUGGAUGCCAUCUAUGAAUACUUCAUAUCAUUAAAUCCCAACAAUUAUCGGGGUAAAUUAAAUAGGUGUGAUGUCUGCAAAAAUUUCUAUAAAAUUUGCGAAUUGUGAAAACAAAUAUAAAAUCUAAAAUAAUAUAUGUAAAAUUUCAGUUUUACCAUCCCAUCAGCUUACUGGUAAAACUGUCCAAAAUAUUAGAACGCAUAUUUUUGGCCAGCCUAUUACCGGUGCUGGAAGACGGCAACUUAAUCCAAUUUGGUUUUAGGAAUCAACAUGGAAUCUCGGAGCAAUGCCACAGAAUCUCACAAACGAUAUUGAGUUUAUUUGAGACAUAAAACAGGCGUUCGAUCGUGCCUGGCAUUUAGGCAUGCUUUAUAAGCUGAAGUCCAUCCUAUCAGCCCCAUUCUUCCUGCUGUUGAAUUCCUACUCACAUAGGCGGUUGCUGGAACUGCCAGGCGGCAUCUCGCCGUUGCUCUCAUCGACAGGAGGGAACCUAUCGGGAAAAUGUCUGCAGAGCGGGGGCGAAUGGAGAAAGCCAAAGACAGACAGCCCAAUGCCUACCUAGGAAGGCACGGGUUGGAUGAAUGAAGACAAGAUCCCGACAUUCAAGAACGACCCAUCGUUGCUUUGGCUGGAAGCGACGCUGGACGUGGUGGACAGGAAUAACAUUCCGUCCAUGCCGAAGGCAAAGUUCCUGCUCUCUAUAGCUGUGCAGGGCGAGCAGGCACUUCAGCUGCUUAAGAAGCAGAACCCGGACAUUCCGAUGAUGGGUGAUGGGUCCGUGCUGAACGCUGAUAAACCUUUAUCCUGUGAUGGGUAGCACGUGAUCAUACAGAUCAAUAAGAAGACCGAGGAUCUUGUGUACAAGCGCAACGGAAAGAUAACAUGGGGCUUAGGGAGCGUGUAACUUCGCCUCAAAAAACGCCAUCCGAAAAAAAAGACACACACACGUUGAGAUCAGGUGAAGUAAAAGUUCAGAGAGCUUGACCGACGCCACCCUGCACCUCAACUUGACAGACGAGACGAAGGAGCUGUCCAUGCAGACGACCCCCUGCGAGUUUGCAACCCUUUAAGUCGAAAAUGGAUUCGGCAAAGCUCCUUCUCGUUCUAGAGGAAGGGUCCGCCUACGCGGCUUUAGUUCAGGAACCGUGUGCAACACGGUCGCAGGGCUGAAGUCGCCUAACUACAAUCUAUACAUCCCGACAUUGCACUAACGAUCUAACCGUGGUGGUGCUGGAGAGCUGUGAAGGAUGUAUGCUUCUAGCAUCCUGCUACGUGACCCACGACGUACACGCUCCACCGAAAGAGCUGCGGAGAUUGGUGGACAUGGUCUGCUUCUCCAACAGCAACUUAUUUUUGGUACGGACGCCAACGCCCUCCAUAGUGUUUGGGGAAGUCCCGACGUUAAUGAAAGGGGUCAGUCAGUACUUGAUUUUAUUAUAAAUAAAAAUAAAUUAAA